GUAUGAUUGAGAUUAUGGCGGCCAUUCUCUUCAAUGUUGGUGUUGUCUAUUGCGGCAAUGAGUGACUAUGAAAGAUUGCUGAGCUCGCUGAAGCAAUGUCUUAGAAUCAUGGUGCCCUCCAUGGUGGGGAUGACCAUCUUUUGUAUGCUCAAACCAUCCAGAAGAUUGGAGACAUCUUUUUGAUGAUGAGCGACUACCAUGAAGCAAUGGAGAGCUACAGCAGGGCUCUUGACGUGAUAGCUCGUGAUGCACCCCGGCACAAGAGUGUUGAUGGAUAUCUGCGGAAUCGAUCCGGCUGACAUGGACGAGUCUAGAAUUCAACCAGGCGAUGAUUACGAGAUGGCUCCAGUUCCAGAUGCCGCGAAGCAGGUGCUCGAGAAAGUCCACGGUGAUCCUUUGCCUCGAAAAGCUGCCAUGGCCAGCAUUCUGCGCAGGAUCCUACCACCCAGAGCCAUAACAGAUACAUCCCUGCUGGACAGCUUUGCAAGCAUUCGAAACACAAUACGAAACCCUCGGGGAUUAUCAGCUACAAACCUUGUGGCUGUUUCAAGUGUGCCCGAACUCUUCUCUGACCCAGAGUCCCUUGGUGUGGAUGGUGUUGGAAAAACAACGCUUGAUGUUUGGAAUUUCUCGUAG